AUGGAAACGCACCGAGGCCGAGCUGCGGCGGAAUUCCAGACCCAGGAGGCGGCGCUCCAGAAAACCCUGGGAAAGCUGAGGUCCGAGCUGGCCCGGGUGUCCCGAGGCCCGGAGAACCGAGAGAAGUCCCACAAACUGCAGAGUUCACUGAACACAGCAGAGGGCACCAUCAAGGACCUGACCAAGCAGCUGGACGAGGUGACCCAGAACUCCGAGAUCGUGGAAAUCCGUCAGAAGGAAGCGGAAUGUGAACUAGAGGCAGCCAGAGACCGGGUCCAGCAGCAGGCCACCGAGAUCCUGCUCAAAGCCAGUCAGAUCAGCAGCCUCCAGGCCACCCAGAUGACCCAGGAAGCCGCCAUCCGGGACCUGGACAACGAGCGGAGCCGGCUGAAGGACAAGGUGGUGAGGAUGGAGGAGGAGAGGGAGGCUCUGCAGAACCAGGGCCACGCUCUGGACGACCGGCAGAAGCAGCAGAUCCUGUCUUUGGAGAAGGCGCUCCGUGAAGAGAAAUCGUCCCACGAGAAGGACAUGAGCAGCAUCCGAGGCCGCUACGAGGAGGAGGCCAGUCAGAUGAAGGAGAGCCAGGCCCGGGCUCUGGAGGACGUGGCCAAGAAACACAGAGUGACCCUGGAGAACGCACUCAGCAACGCCGAGAAGGACAAGAACCGCCUGCUGGCCCGGCAGUCGUCUGGUCACGGAGCAGCUGUACGAGGCUUCGCAAAAGUCUCCGUGGAGUUUCUCAGCUGUGACUUUCCCACAGCUGACAGAUGA